AUGAAGCUUCUCACGGGCCUGGUUUUCUGCUCCUUGGUCCUGGGUGUCAGCAGCAGAAGCUGGUUCUUCCUUGGUGAGGCUUAUGAUGGGGCUCGGGACAUGUGGAGAGCCUACUCUGACAUGAAAGAAGCCAACUACAAAAAUUCUGACAAAUACUUCCAUGCUAGGGGGAACUAUGAUGCUGCCCAACGGGGACCCGGGGGUGCCUGGGCCGCAGAAGUGAUCAG